GGAUGCAGUCAGUUUAAAUGUUUGCGUGAACCGAAUUGAACAGAAUUAUUAGUAUAAAAAAUGUAUUUUAAAACAAUUAUACUCUUAUUAAUUAUUAUAGAAAACAUCCAAUGCUCUGUAAAAGAAUGGCUGCCCAACACCGACAUAUCCGAUCAAAACAACUGGUUAAAGAAAGAAUCGGGAGACAAGUGUAAAGGCUUGAUAUUUUCUGACAUCAAUGAGGAUCAAGUUUUCAUCGAACAUUUGGAAGUUGAGCAACUGGUAUUACCAAAAUAUGGAAAAAUAUCCUUCGGAGAAAAAGGAAUAAUUCAGUUUGGAAAAACAGAUAAUCCGCUAAAUUGUGUACAGCUGAAACCAAUCAUAACAGGAUAUUUGAUGAGGCCAGACCUAUGGAAAAACUUGGAUAACUCCACAAAUUCCGCUACUCCAGAUGUAGAACAGUUGCCAUGUUGGUACGAUGAGGUAUCAUUUCCGCACGGUAUCAACACCAGUAUUUUCAUGGAUUAUGAAACCAGGGCCGUUUAUAAGAAUUUAUUUGAAAACAUCAUGCUUGACAAAAAUGGCUUAGGAUAUUUUUCAAAAACUACUAAAAUUCUGCCAAAACGCCAGUGUGAAGAUCCUGCGGGAUGCGUUUGUCACAAUGAAAAACAUAUUUGUGAUUAUUUGAUGGCAUCUCUACCGAAACCACAAUGCGAACAUCCGAUAAAAGUUAUCGGGAACUGUCAUAAACUCACUUGCGGAGCAACAAUUCUUAUUAAGAAUAUUCUACCUUCACUUACUGUCAACAAAAUAAAAGAAAAAUUGAAAAAUUAUCAAUCAGACACCCACGUAAGCAAAGUGCUGUCUAACGACGAUGAAAAAAUUAUUCAAAUCGUAUUUGCUGAAAAGAAAUUUACCGGAAACAGCUUGAUAGAGGCCCAGGACUUUUAUGACAGUCUUUUAGAAGAAACAUCUUUGCACAAAGGAGAAAUUGAACUAGUAUUGUCAGGAGGAUCAUUGUAUGAACUUGAUUCCCAACUGAGCAAUCUAUUUUCCAUAUUUUUCGGAACUAUGUUGGGCGCCGUUUUAGUUUUUGGCAUUUUAUGUUUCGUGUCGUCACAAAGGUUCCGAAAUCUCAAUCUAGGAAACAGAUUUUCAAUUGUUACUGCAAGACCAGCUUUUAUGUCUGCUAGAUACCGCAAUAUCGAAGAUGAUACACGCUAUAAUUUUGAUGGUCAGUCUGUUAUUGGGUCUGUGGUUAGUUUAAGCCGAAGCUUCGAUAAUCCACUGUACGAAGACUUUCCAUCAACUAGAAGCACCAGUAAUGAGACCAUAGCUACUAAAAUAGACGAUAAAGAAAAAGAUGAAGAAAAGCAAGGAAAUGUGCAAGAAGUGGUGGCCAUUUUGGAAGCAACACCCGAGCAGAGUAGCACCAAUGGAAAAGAUGAACUUCUUCUUAAAGAUUUGUAAUAAAUUUAUUUACUAUUUAUCAGCUGAUGUAUCAUAAUAAUUGUUAUUAAAUAAUUUAUGGAUGUUAGAUGCGA